AUGGCCCGAACAGAGGAGCCAUGGCUAGCUGAACUUCACAAAGAGUGGAUCUCUUCCAAAGGCUGUGAAGGAGUCGUCGAAUAUGAUUUUGCUGUCAUCAUUAAAGAUUUACUUUUGCAAAAUUUUAGCCCAGCAGAUGCAGCAAAGAAAGUCGAUACCUACUAUUGGGGUAAAAACCUUGACUCAGGGCCACUCUUCAAAUACCACCCUGAUGGAGUAGGCGGAGUUGAGGCAGCGCUUUAUGAAAUUGUCUUCGACAUGGCCCAGCUCCUGUCCUAUAAAGAUACUAGACAAGAUAUCUUAGCGCAGCUCAUUCUGGAACUGCACAGAAUCCCGCCAAAACCCAUCAAGAGUUGGAACGGGGACCGCUUUGUGACGGACUCCCUUUUCAGUGAGAGUCUUUCAAACCGUUGGCGUGAUGCUUAUAGGCACCAAAUAACCACCGACGCUAUGAAGGACAAGUGGGUGUCACUAUCGUCCUUCAUAGCACGCUGUAUCGAACUACGCAUCGAGAAAAAUGUCCCGGACAGCGAUAGAUACCCUUUUCUUGAUAUCCCCAAAGGCCUGGAGGAUAACUCUGCUCCUGGUCUUGAGCGAGAUACGCGGGCUAUGGUCGCCGCACAGUAUAUCUUACGGGCACCAACGCUUGUUAAUGAUACGAUGAUAAAGCUUCCAGGAGGUCAUGACAAGCCAUCUGGCUCUGAUACGCUCCAGUUGUGGGGAGCCAAACUAAAAGAGCUGGCAGAGAAUGGAAGUCUGGACUCAGAGGUUAGGGUAGCAGUUGUAGAGGCUAGGAAGAAGCUUGUUUCCCUGCAUCCUGGGCUUUUUGAGUGA